AUGGCCUCAAUCCCAGAAAACUUCCUCAGGAGCCCAUCCCCGAACGCAACUCUCCACAAAAUCAACUUCGAACACACAAAGCCAGCUAUCCUCGCAUACAAAAACAACUUCGCAGCAAUCAUCGACAACUUCAUGACAGAGUCCGAAUGCAAAGACCUCCUCCACCUAGCAGAACAAUCAACAAGAACUAACCUCCCAGACUCAACGCUGUCACCCCCAAAAUGGGAACGAGCCAUGGUCAAUGCCGGCAACGGGAAAGAAGUCAUGUCGGUGGACUCUCGCAAAAGCGGUCGCAUUAUAUUCGACUCCCCGGAGAUCGCACAGAGACUACUCCACCGACUCAUGCCAUUCGUGCGCGAAUGCGAAAUCGAUCAAAUCAAAGAUAAACCUUCUGUUACAGGUCUCGGGCCUGCGAAACGUCGGGAGGUAUACAAUAUCAGUCGACUCAAUGAGCGAUUGAGAUUCCUGCGCUAUGAGGGUGGUGAUUAUUUCCGGCCUCAUGUGGAUGGGCGGUAUGUUACGCCAGAUGAGAAGGAAAAGUCUCUUUAUACGAUUCAUUUGUAUUUGAAUGGAGAGGGGGAGCAGGAUAUGGAGGAGUUACAGCCGUAUAUUGAUGAGGCGGAGAAGAAGUAUUAUUUGUUUGAGGAAGAUGGUGAGAUUGAUCUUAAAGAGGUUGGGGCUGAACAGGUUGAAGUUGGAGACGGAGAUGGGGGCUUCCUUCCAGCUAAGCAGUCUCUCGAGAAGAGUGAGACGCUUCUUGGGGGGGGGUGA